GUAUUAUAUUAUACAUACAUGAAAAUUAUACAGUGCUACGUGCAUGCAUAGUGCAGUGUGUACAAAGCUAGUCACAUACAAAGAAUUGAAUCUUUAGAAGUUGCUCGGCACAUCACAAACCAAAGAGAACAAGAACUCUUCCAAGUCUCACUCAACCAUUUUUUAACCGUCUAUCAACGGGCCAGAGUGAAUUAGCAGAUUGAUAGAGUCGGCUCUCCAUUCCGUUCUUUUUUAUUUUUUAUUUUUUUUAUUUUUUUAUUUUAACUUUUCGUAGCAGGCGUAGCUGAAUCCCUGAGUGACGAUUUGCAAAAUAAUUGGAAGCUGCUGUUUUCGCUUUCGCCUUCACUUUCAUUUUUAUACUUACUCAUACUCAGCAUGUCUGCUUCCUUGCCAGGCAACCGAGAGUUGCCCGAGUCGCAGUAUGACUUGACCACGUACUGGGGCCGUGUCCGCCAAACUGCAACACUCACUGACCCGAGCACCCUCUUUGCGGGAAAGCAUGGCUUGGAGCAGGCCAAAAAGCUGGUGGUCGCCUACAAGCGAGGAGAGAUCAAGGACAUGACCCCUGAGCUAUGGAAGGCCAAGCAGGUUGUUGACUCUACAGUACAUCCCGACACUGGAGAGACUGUGUUCUUGCCCUUCCGCAUGUCCUGCUUCGUUUUUUCGAAUCUCAUAGUCACGGCUGGCAUGCUUACGCCCGGCUUGAAGACUACCGGCACCGUUCUCUGGCAAGUCGCCAACCAGUCCUUGAACGUGGCCAUCAACUCCGCCAACGCAAACAAGUCUACGCCACUAUCGUACUCUAAAAUCGCCCAGUCCUACUUCCUCGCCGUGGGAGCAUCCUGCUCCGUGGCCGUGGGCCUCAACGCCCUGGUUCCCCGGCUGAAGCGCGUCUCGCCCUCCACGAAGCUGGUUCUGGGCCGCCUCGUGCCCUUCGCCGCCGUGGCGUCCGCGAACAUCGUGAACGUGUUCCUCAUGCGCGGCGAGGAGAUCCGCACCGGCAUCGACGUCUACCCCGUGCUCUCGGACGCCGACAAGGCGCAGCUCGCCAAGGAAGGCAAGGCCGAGAGCGACGUCCCCAGCCUCGGCAAGAGCCGCAAGGCAGCGACUUUGGCAGUGGGCGAGACGGCCGCGAGCAGAGUGUUCAACAGCACGCCGAUCAUGGUGGUGCCCCCCCUGAUCCUCAUGCGUCUGCAGCGGACGGAGUGGCUGAGGAAGAACCCGCGCUACACGCUCCCCAUCAACUUGGGUCUGAUCCUGGGCAUGAGCUACGUGGUGCUGCCGUUCGCGCUCGCGGCGUUCCCGCAGAGGCAGAGGAUCAGCGCGGAUAGUUUGGAAGAGGAGUUCAGAGGCCGUGGGGGCGAUGGGGGGAUGGUGGUUUUUAAUCGGGGGAUAUGAAACAGGAGACGAAUAGAUGUAUUCACAGCAUUUGCCGGCGUUUGUUUUAUGGUAGGUAGGAUAAGGUUACGAUAGGUAGGUGGCUAGGUAGGUGCUAUACCAGGGCGUUUCUCGACGUGAAAAGAGAGAAGAAAAAAGAUUUUUUAAAAAAAGGAAAGAAAAUUAAAUUAAAACGUGGGAUUAUACAGACAUAUAACUACCGCAUAGUAAAGCAGUCUUCGCAGUUGAGAGAUAUAGAAGGGAAAGGGGUUUGCUAUAUGCAUUAUAUAUAUAUAUAUCAAGACAUCGGGACAGAUUUAGAACGGCAUCGUAUAUCGGACGGGACGGGUUUCAUUCACGGUAUUUGUUGUUCUUAUAUGAUAUAUACACAGGAAUAAGGUGUAUAGGAAAGAAACGAAACGAAUAUGAAUGAGCUCAUUGGACCUCCUUGUAUGUACAUGCGUCUAGAUGGCGGUUAGUGAUUAGGUAAGUAGGUAGGUAGGUAGGUUAG